AUACUUCUAAGCCAAUGUUUGUGAAAAAUUAAAAUUAAUUUGAUUAACUUCUCUUUGUUAUUCUACAAGUAAUACAUAAUAUAAGAAUUUUAAUAUCAUUAACAUUAAUAUUAAUUACUAAAUCGCAGAAUGAUGAGCUACUUAAGUGCACUACUCCUUCUAACGACUCUGGCGAGCCACAUAAUUUCCAACCAGCAAACCUCGGCUCGGAUCCUCUUGCCAUCCGAAGCAGCCAAAGAGUUGAUUCGCGGCGGCAUUCCGCGCAUGUUCAUCAGCUCCUAUAUUUGCCUAAUAAAAAGUGAGAGCAACUUUGACACGAGAAAGAAAACGGGCCCCGGUCACAAGGCCAGCUAUUCCUACGGAAUAUUACAGAUCAGCAGUGACAAGUGGUGCAGCGCUUUCCGACCUGGUGGUGUCUGCCGAAAGAACUGCAACGAUUUUCUCGACGACGAUAUUCAAGAUGAUAUUGCCUGCGCCAAAAUUAUUGCCAACCAAGAAGGAUUCAAGUACUGGAAAGGUUGGGUCAAGAGCUGCAAAAACAAUAAUUUUACCAGCGUUUCGUCUCGACUACGCAAACAGAGCAACAUGGAUAAUGACAGGUUCCGUAGAUUAGGUAUUGGGAGAGAAAUAGAAGUAUCGGAAGAAGAUUUAUCCACUAAAUAAAAAAAGUCCGAUAAUGUUGAUAUUCGUUGUUUUAUUGUUUUGAGAUUAUU